AUUAGGUCAUGGGUCAGGACUCACAGUUGGAAAUUUGAGGUGGGUGGCCAAGACAGUUGGUGCCCAUCUUGUUCUACUGAAGGCAUAUCUUUCAAUACGAGGGCACCAGUGGCAGAGGCAGUGUACAAAACUACAGAUCUGGAAGAGGUGCUUCCUAAUCUACUCAUCCAACGUCCAGUGUUGUGAGUUGGUACUGGGAUGGACAGUAAAUAACAGGAGGAAGUGACAAUGCAGCAGGAUCGUAAAGCCAGCUCCUCUGAACAGGAGCUCCUCAUUGGUCCUUACAGGGUCCUCAAGACCCUCGGCACAGGCAACUUUGCUCAGGUGAAACUGGCUGUCCACCUCCACACAGAGGUGCAAGUUGCUCUGAAGACUCUGGAAAAGGAUAAGAAGAAUGCUACUCUGAUUUCAAAUGAGCUAGAGAUCAUGAGAUUAGUAGACCACCCUAAUAUAACCAAAUUGUUCCAUGUCAUGGAAACCACUGAACAUAUCUGCAUGGUUAUGGAAUACGCUUCUGGUGGUGAUCUGGCUGGUCGCAUCAUAGAGGUGAGCUACAUACAUGAAGAGGAGGCCCGACACAUCUUCACACAGAUAGUUUGUGCAGUUAGUUACUGCCAUGAGAAUGGCAUCGCACAUAGGGACAUCAAACCAGAAAACAUUCUGAUGGAUGCAAAUAGAAACAUCAAACUGUGUGACUUUGGCCUGGCCAUCAAGGUUAACACUGAGCAGAAGUCGACAGUGUUCUGUGGCACCCUUCCAUACUGUGCUCCGGAACUUUUCAACAUCCAAAGCUAUGAUCCUAGGGCACUUGAUAUCUGGAGCAUGGGAGUGGUACUAUACAUCAUGGUGACAAAGCACUACCCAUUCAAAGCAACAACAUAUGACAAGAUGAAGGAGGAGAUGCAAGACCCACAUUACUAUAUUCCACCAAAGCUCCCAGCACACAUUGCCAACCUCAUUGUGCAGUUGUUCACUAUUGAUCCUGUUCAGAGGCCCAAGAUAGGUGAUGUUAUGGAACAUCAGUGGUUGCAGGGCAGUGAGGAGUUUUCAAAAAGAAACCUAUCCCAAGAAACACUCUCCAGCAAGCCCAACCCCAGUAUUGUGGCAGCUAUGCGGACCAUGGGCUAUAACCCCAAGGACAUUACAGACUCUCUCUAUAAAAAAAAAUUUAAUAGCAUCAUGGCGACUUACUUAAUUUUAAAACAUCAGUCACCUUGCAUGGACAACGCUAACCACAAGGUUAAACUCAUGCAGCCCAGUACUGACGUGAUACCCACAGAUCCUCCUACUGUCCAUCUCUUCCUAAAGAAGAUAGGGGAUAAGCCUGACAAUUCCACCUCUGCCUCAUCAGCAAAAGACCAGUCCCACAAUGAUGACAAGCUUGUAAGGAAGAACAGCAAGAAUCACAGCAUGGCUGAUGUUCUGUGCUGCCAGCAGAUGAGCCUGCCUCCCCAAACAGCUGCCCAAUGCGGUCCUGUGCAGCAUCACCAGGAGCUUCUCUUGAAUAGCAACUUGCAGAAGAGAGGCACAGCUUCCAGUGCUGUGUCUUGUGGUCCUGUGCAGUGUGAUGAUGAACGGCUCUUGAACAGAGGCUUGCAGAAGAGAGACAUGGUUUCUAAGGCUGUGUCCUGUGGUCCUGUGCAUCAAGACCAUGGGCAGCUUCUGAGCAGCAGUUUGCAGAAGAGAGACAUGGUUUCUAAGGCUGUGUCCUGUGGUCCUGUGCAUCAUGACCAGGCACAACACCUGAGAAGAACCUUGCAGAAGAGAGGCACAGCACCCAGUGCUGUGUCCUGUGAUCCUGUGCAAUACGAUGAUGAGCAGCCUCUGAGCAGCAGCUUGCAGAAGAGAAGCAUGGCUUCUAGGGCUGUGUCCUAUAGUCCUGUGCAUCAUGACCACGAACAGUUCUUGAACAGCAGCUUGCAGAAGAGAGACAUGGUUUCUAAGGCUGUGUCCUGUGGUCCUGUGCAUUAUGACCACAGGCAGCUUCUGAGCAGCAGCUUGCAGAAGAGAGACAUGGUUUCUAAGGCUGUGUCCUGUGGUCCUGUGCAGUAUGGCCAUGGGCAGCUUCUGAGCAGCAUCUUGCAGAAGACAGACAUGGUUUCUAAGGCUGUGUCCUGUGGUCCUGUGCAGUAUGGCCAUGGGCAGCUUCUGAGCAGCAUCUUGCAGAAGACAGACAUGGUUUCUAAGGCUGUGUCCUGUGGUCCUGUGCAGUAUGGCCACGGGCAGCUUCUGAGCAGCAGCUUGCAGAAGACAGACAUGGUUUCUAAGGCUGUGUCCUGUGGUCCUGUGAAGUAUGGCCAUGGGCAGCUUCUGAGCAGCAGCUUGCAGAAGACAGACAUGGUUUCUAAGGCUGUGUCCUGUGGUCCUGUGCAGUAUGACCACAGGCAGCUUCUGAGCAGCAGCUUGCAGAAGACAGACAUGGUUUCUAAGGCUGUGUCCUGUGGUCCUGUGCAGUAUGGCCAUGGGCAGCUUCUGAGCAGCAGCUUGCAGAAGACAGACAUGGUUUCUAAGGCUAUGUCCUGUGAUCCUGUGCAGUAUGGCCAUGGGCAGCUUCUGAGCAGCAGCUUGCAGAAGACAGACAUGGUUUCUAAGGCUGUGUCCUGUGGUCCUGUGCAGUAUGACCAUGGGCAGCUUCUGAGCAGCAGCUUGCAGAAGACAGACAUGGUUUCUAAGGCUGUGUCCUGUGGUCCUGUGCAGUAUGGCCAUGGGCAGCUUCUGAGCAGCAGCUUGCAGAAGAGAAGCACAGCAUCCAGUGCUGUGUCCUGUAGUCUUGUGGAGUACGAUGACGAGCAGCCUACGAGCAGCAGCUUGCAGAAGAGAAACAUGGCGUCCGGUGCUGUGUCUUGUGAUUCUGUGGCGUUUGAUGAGCAUCCCCCGAGCAGCAGCUUGCAGAAGAGAAACAUGACAUCAAAGGCUGUGUCCUGUGGCUCCAUGCUGCACGACCAUGAGCAGCUCCUGAGUGGCAUCUUGCAAAAGAAAAGCAUGGUUUCCAGUACUGUGUCUUGUGGUCCUGUGCAACAUGAGGAACAGUUCUUGAAGAGCAACUUGCAAAGGAGAAGGAUGGUUUCCAAGGCUGUGUCUUGUGGUCCUGUGCAGCAUGACCAUGAACAAGUCCUAAGCAGCUCCAUGCAGAAGAGAAACACAUUGGCCUCCAGGGAUGUGUCCUCAGGCACAGUGUCCUCGUCCUCCAUGGGUAUUCUUUCUGAGUACCACAUCUUCCAGGAGGAUCCCCAGGAUGAAUCCCUGACUAAGUGCAGUUCAUACCCCCAUAAUACAGCAUCGGUAUGGAACUCUGAGGAUAUGAUCACCACAGACAGUUAUCACCAGGACAGAAGCUUGUCCUUGCAGGAGACAUCUGAACCACACUUUGCCAGUGCCUCUCCUCAAAACCGGCCAGGUGGGUGGAAGCAGGCAAAGAGAAGGAUGGCCAAGUGUCUAAGGAGAUUAUGCUGCUGUCUGCCCGCCCAAAGGAGAAACUGCACUUCGCAGAGGAGAGUGGUUCCACGGGAGGCAGGAGAAAAUAGAGUUACAGAAGACCAGAUGUCAGGGGACAGUGGAGUCACCCAAAACCAGGCUCUUCUUCAGUAGAUUCUGAGAAACCUUCCAGCCAGUGCAUCAUGUGCAUGUAUUUCUGACCAGCUUCAGGCAGGAUCUCUUUGAGUGCUUUAGUCUCUGGUGACUUCACUUAUCUGGAGGCCAGCAGGUAUAUGAGAAGCCCUCCCUGCCUCUUCAACAACAUCUUCAACAACAGGACUUUAAAGAUUCCUGUCUUAGUGGGGUGCAGGAGCAGGCACUAGAAGGCUAUCAUCAUCUCCAACCUUGGAUCCUCCCCAUCACCUCUGUGCUCUCAAACUCUGUGAAACCUAGUUAUGAAGUUCAGUCUGAGGUGAGAUGGAGGCCAUGACCAGCUUCCAGAUCUGGAGGACUGCUAAGGGCAGGCGUGUGAAGCAAGGUCCUGUGGUGGGCUGGUUCAGUUCCAAAGAGGCUACUGAUCUCAGGACAGAAGCACAGUUCUGAGGACAUCUGAAAUCCCUUGGGAUCUGUAGGAAUCAAGUUCAGUUGAGGUGUCCCAGAAAGAGUCUUCAAGUAAUCUCUCCUUCAGGCCCACCUGAGUCUGCCCAGGACUAUGGAAGAUCUGUCUGACAAGCUGGUCAGGCAUAUGACUGGUGGAAUACAUCAGAGAUCUUGGACUAGAUCCAAAGAUGCUGAAGCUGAGACUGGGAGAGCUGGGAUGACCUGGGAGACAAAGGCCCAGGAGAUGUCAGGAGAAAGCAGAAGGGAAGCUGAGAGGUGUGGCUGCUUCCCUCUGAGAGCUGUUCUUUGGCUUGUGUGCAUGAGGGCAUCACAUGGUAUAAAGGCAGAAAGCAGAGCCAUGUCCUCAGAGUGUCUUAAGAGGCAUCCUUCCUCUCUGUAUGAUCUUCCCAUUUCCAUCAACAUUAUGGAUACAACUGAGUUGGGUUUGUGGAGCAGCCGUGCUUUACUUUCAAGAUACCAACUUCCAGUCAAAGGCUUGGCACGUGGCUGGCAGGCUGUUCCAUUGCACGACUCCCAGUGCUGGAGGAGGCAGCACUGUACUGAGUGGGUCACUUCUCCCACUCACUCCGACCAGCAACCUGAGUGCAGAGGUAGACUCCUGACCAGUGAGACAUGAGGCCAGCAGAUCUGGGACUACAGGGCAGAGGACUCCCAGAAUUCUAGGUGAUGAAAACAACCUCCUGGGCAGCAAGGCUAUCUCCAAGUGGAGGGCCUUAGCUAUGGGAGCCUCCUCCUGGCAGUGUUUGGGUCUUCGCUGUUGGCUCCCUGCUUGCUCAGCCCAGCAUUGCUGGCUGCACAGAGAGAUGGUGCCAUGUGACAUUCACCUGAUGAAGGCCUACCUCCCUAGCUCCUGCAGAACAUCUACCCCCGAAAGCAAGACUGACUGGAACACAGCCUCCUGUGAUGAUGUCCCUUCCUCUCCCAGGGUCCCACAGACACAAUUCCUCAACGCUUGCUGGACUACAUUUUGAGAUUGUUUUGGUUCACUGUGCCAAGGGAUAUUGGCACAGCUCUGAACACGCUUUCUGUGAUGACUGAUUGGUGUUCAUCUUGUGGCCAUCCUAGGUGAAGAGAAGGCCAGGUGUCUAGGGAUGAAGUCCAUCCAGCCCAUGGCAGCAAGUUUCAUGAUGGAGCACACAUUGUUAGGGCACACACAGAGAUGUUCCAGAAAGCCUCUUUGAAGAAGCUCAGACUUAUCCCUAGCACAGGAUGAUGUGAGAAGCCUUUCAAGUUUGGUUUUCUUCCCUGAAGAUCCUUUCUUGUGUGGUGCUGCUCUCAUAGAGAACCUGAACUUGGUUCUCAAAGCCCAAAUAUUCUGGAGCAUGAACACAGAGUUUUUAGCAUGACAGGCAAAACACUCGACACCUGAGGCUUUGCUGUGUUACUGGGCAGGCCUGUGUGACAUGGGCCUCAGCAACCACACAAGGUCAAACACUGCAGGAUCAACUCUGGACCCUGUUCUCGUCAGAGAGGAAGGCAGACUAUGGGCAAUCACUGCCCUAUCACCCAGGCUUAGGAGCACAAUAACCUACAGAGCUGCUGGUGGAAUGCAGAGGGAACUGGAGCACUUUCCAUGACUCUUCGGCUCUGUGAUACAUGCUCAGGCACCUGCCUAGCAAUUAUGAUGGAGAAACUCCCAAACUCUGUGUUGAACCAUGGGGAUCAGGGAGUAUCCUGACAAGGACUGAGAGUUUCAAGAAGAGCCAGGCUCAAGCUUCAAGGAGACAUACGCCUGACCACCCACCAGCCAACAAUGCAACUCUGGAUACAAGUGCCUGUGCCCUUCCUCCAGUUGCUGGAUCUAUGCUCCAUCCGCUUUCAGGAGCUCCAGCUAUGAAGUCCUGGUCAAGCCAGUCAAGAAUGGUUCAAUCAUCCCAGAUCCUGACUUUUGUUUGCAACAGGUACUGGAACUUGGACCAACACCAACAGGAGCACAAGAAUCCAACCAGCUGCAGGGUGGAGAGCAGAGACAACUGGAGACUUCCCCAUAAAACUUGUACAUUCCUUCUUCAGGCUUCCAAUGCCUAAUCUGUGAUUCUAGACACAGGACAGGAGGAGACUGAGAGGUGAAGGCUGGCCAGGCCUGGGUGUU